AAAUCUGUCUACGUGGCGUCACAUCCGGUUACAGCUCUGACGCGCGAAUCAUGAAAGCGGCUAACGCCAACUUUUGCGAUUGAAAGGAAUAAAUAUGGAGUUGUCACCGUGAGGUGAAAGCAUUAAACUGCGUCCGUGAAAUAACCGAUGCGAUACACGAGGAUGCCGAAAGCAGUUUGCCGUUAAGUCUUGUGUCCGAUCUCUUCUGGUAGACCGGCGACAUCAUGUCUCAGACCAACACUCUCCUGGACGAGGUGGUGCAGUGGAACCAGGAAACCUGCCGCCAGCAGCUCAAGGCUGUCCUGCCCAAACUCACCACUUUACAUCACAAGUCUGAGGGCUGGGAUGAUCAUAUACGUGUACUGAAGAUAAUAACGGACUUGUUCCUCCCUCACAUUGCUCUGUUAGAUCUGGAAAAUGAAUGCUUCUCCAAAAUUUUACCAAAGGCGGUGACCAUGUUCGACAGCAUAAUGAAAGAACUUUCAAUCCAAGUUGGAAGCUCGUCCAGUCAAAACACUGAAGUGUGCUCCUCACUGAGGAACAUUCUGAUGUCUCUGAUGCAGAUCAUUGAUGCAAUGUCCGCAUGUGUGCGUCACGUCUGCACGUAUGAUGAGGUCCCGGACGUUAUGUCUAUCCGCACCUUACUCUCAUGCAUCCUGAAGGUUCUGCGAGAUACUUUUCAGCACUGUAAGGAGAGCGAGGCGGUCUACUGCGGCCAUCUCUCCGUGGUGGCUGACCUUCUGCAGAGUCUCUUCAAGGAGGCCUGCGCCCUCCACAAGGCCCUGUUGGAGCUCCUGGACGGACUCUCGCUUGAUAGCAGCUCCUCUGAAGAGGUGGCGUCAGACAUCGUCGUAGUAAUUCACAACCUCCUGGACAUUUGCUCGGUCAUCUCGAACCUGGACAUGGCGCUGCAUGCCAACACGUGGAAGUUCCUCAUCAGGCAGAGUCUCAAGUACCAGCUGCUGGUGGAGGAGCAUCUGCAUCACGGCGACAUCAGCGCCAGCCUGUGCGACAACCUGUUGGCCUCUCUCCACAACGCCGCGGAUCUGGCGGAGCAGAUAAAGCACGCCGCUCUGCAGGAGGCGACGCAAUGCGCAGAACACAAGCUGUUCCUGAAAACUGCAAAGUUGUGCAGAUUUUUUGCCAACACUUUAGUUCAUUACGUAAAGGAAUUCAACGCCUUCUUAACGAGGUCUUGCGGACGCUUUCAUCAAUUGUACCUCCAGAUUAUCAGUAAAUUCCCUCCCAGCUUGUGUGCUCCGGUGUUGCCGCCGUCUCUUUCCGAGGAGCUCAACGCGGCGGCCGUCGUUCCCAUGGACGCGCUUCUACUUCAGCUCUUACCUCUCCGGCCUUUUGCCGAAGUCGUCUUGCAGGAAGACCCGCGGUUAAGUCUGCAGCACGAACUCCCUCAGUGUCUUCUGUUGGUGAACGUGCUGGAUCUGUUGGCCUCCCAGCCUGAGGAGGUGCUGCAGCUUUGGCACUCGGGCAGUCAGCAUUCAGAGGAAACACCAAGGCUUCCCCUCUACCAGGCGGUCUUCUGUAGUUUCCAACGUUGCUAUGCUGAGCGGAAGCUGCCGGUGUUGUUGCCGGGGGUGAUGACGAAAGGGCAGGCCCAAGGUCGGGUGUCUUUGCACUGUCACGUGUGUGUGCACCUCUGCGCCAGCGUUGCUGUUCUUUCUCCGCUUUACCUCCCUGUUCUGGAGCGGUGCUUGGUGGAGGCCACGCUGCAGGCCGAUACCCACACUGCCCUGCUGGCCACCGAUGUGUGGUGCUUCACCGCGCGGUGAGGAAGAAUUUGUGGCCAUCGCUUCUUUUUGCUUCUGCCUCCUCAGGUGAAAACCUCUUCGGCUGAAUGCCAUCAGCAGUCCCAUCUGGGCUUGCUGCUCAGACGCAUGCUUUUUCUCAUGACGCCCAGCCACCAGAUGGAAUUUCUGGCACGUUUCCCUUCAUCCGAGGCUGAAAAUCUCCCAAUAUGGCGUCACGUCCUCCUCAGAGCUCUUUCAACUGAUGCCCGUCAACGCGUGGAAGCGGAUGUCGUCGCGUUAGCUCAAAAAGCUUUGACCGAAUGGCAGAGUGGAGGCUACAAACUGGGCCAAAUGGGCAAAGUGAAUGCGGUGCUACACUGCCUCCUAGUGGUGGUUCAAGGAAAGUCACCUGUUGAGGAACGCUGCGUGUCAUCUGCGUCGAGGAUCGUCACACAACUGUGGCAGAGAGUCGCACCACAUCAGGUGCAGACCCAUCAUGUGCUGCGCAUCACUCUGCAGCUCCUUUUGUCCAUCACGGCAGUUUUAGUGAAAAACGUGGACGUGCCCGUCAUCAUUCACGCUCUGGUGUGCGUAGACGCCGUCGUGUCGCCGAAGUGUACAGAUGAGCUGCUCCUGGCCGCGCUGGAGUUCCUUUCGUCACUCGGGAAAAUCUUUAUCCCUCCUGAAAACCAGAGUGAAAUUUUUCCCAAAUUGAGCAGCCUGUUUGGAGCGCUGUUAGCGCAAAGUUCCUCCUGGUUGCUUCAUCAGCACGCUUUGGAGGCUUUUGCUCAUUUUGCGGAGGUCACAAACCACGAAGAGGUUAUUUCUUACAGUUUAUGUGUGGAAGAAACCAAAAGCAAAGUGGUGAAUUUUCUUAGCAAGACUGUUAAUACACCGGAAGAAGUCAAGGAAGCGCAGCUCGCGAGAAUCCAGGUGGAGAAAACUGUUUUAGAGCAACAUAACCAGAGGCUUGACACCCCAAAACAGAUUCCCACGGAACUUUCCGCUCCAUCUGUGACUCAUUCAGAGCCGCAAGCCAAACGAGCCCGGCAGGAAAGUGCUGCGGACGAGGAGUACAGCCGCGGCAUGCGGGCAGCUGAAACCGCGCUGAGGACGCUCCAUGCGCUCGCUACAGGUAAAACGGGCACACAGGAACCACCGCCGCCUCCACCUUCGUGGCUGGCAUCCCGAAUACAAGUGCUGCAUGUGCUUCUAAAUGAUCUCAGCUCAGCCACAUCCACGAACUCGCCCACGUGAUCUUUUUAUUGUAUAGGCAAAUGUAAUCUGAGGCUGCUUCGACUCAUGCC